AUGUGGUCAGGCAGCCAGCAUGUGGUGGACUUAGUUCAGAAUUCCUGCUCCUGCAGGAUUUGGGAUCUCACUGGCAUCCCUUGCAUGCAUGCAUUAGCUGUCAUUCAUUUAAAAAAUGAGUUCCCAGAGACCUAUGUACAAACCUGGUACACCAAGCAAACCCAGCUUCAAAUUUACUCCAACUUUGUAAGUCCAGUCUCAUUGUUAAACAUGUUACCAAUACUACUUCCUCCACUAAGAAGGCCACCUGACAGACCUACUAAAGUGAGGAGGAAAGAACCUGAUAAACCACAAAAAAUAGAAAGGUUGAGUAAGAGAGGGGUAGAGAUGAGGUGCAGUAAAUGCAAAAUAAUAGGCCACAAUAAGAGGAGUUGCAAAGGGGAAGUUGGCCAAAACAUUCCAGUUAAAAGACAUCAAGUUGGUGUCCGAACCCAGCAACAGGCUACCCCAAUUUAG